AUAAUGUUAGGACAGAAUCGGAGGGCGAUCGGGAGUUUGCAGAGAGAAAAGCUCUGUAUUCAUUGAAACGAGAUCCGGGGCUCGGUUCUUUCGUGCGUUAGAGAUUUCAAUCUUGGAAUCAAUUCAAUUUUGAAAAGAGCGGGAUAAAGAGCCAGUUAAGGCUCUGAAAUGUAUAUGCAAUUCGUUCUUCUGCUUAUGCUUGUAGAAGGUAGAGUUGAAGAAGGAGAGUGGGAGAAGGAGAGAUAAGAUCUUAUCGAUCGGAAUUAGUUCGUCGGAGAGAUUCAACGGAAACGGUUUUUUGUUGUUUGGUUUUGCUGCAAUGGCUGCGAUUGUGAUGAAGGAAGGAAAGAAAACUUCAGUUGUAGAAUCUCAAUCGCUGGCUACGAAGCAGAAAAGCCAAACCGAAUUUGAGUUCGCGGAAUGCGAUUGCUGUGGAUUCAAGGAGGAGUGUACGCCGGCGUACAUUGCUCGUGUGCGGGAGAAGUACGAAGGGCGUUGGAUAUGCGGACUCUGUGCGGAAGCGGUGAAAGACGAGACCUAUAGGUCCAAGAAGGAUAUCAGUGCUGAUGAAGCAUUAGAUCGGCACAUGAAGUUCUGCGAGCAGUUCAGAUCUUCAAGCCCUCCGAUUAAUACAGCCGAGGAAUUGAUCUCAGCAAUGAAACAUCUCCUCCGGAGAUCUCUUGAUUCCCCUAAGCAGAAAAGAUCUUCAUGCCAACCAUCAUCAGCAUCGUCCUUCAUCCGAUCUAAAAGCUAUUUCCCCACCAUAUGAAAGUAAGUGAAAAUGGUUGAUGCUUCAAGAGAUCGGAAGCAGAAGUCACCGGAGAAUUGACUAGUUUGGAUUAGUCUAUAACUUAGUUUCCAAUUCUCUGUUUAAUUAUCGCUAGCUCUUUAUAUUUUAAUAAUUAAUGAUUGAAUGAAUGACAGUUGAAGGAAUUAAACUUCCUUUCUGGACUUUCAAUCAAAUUAGUCUAAAAAUCUUUCUAUUGUAAGUUAAUCAGUGGAAUAACAGGCAUUUCUUUUGCCAGAAAAUGUAUUGAGUAGAACUGGUUCGAGCUGAACUGUUUAAUUAGUGUAAUUGUGUUUCCUGUCAAGUAUGAAAAUGGGGGAAGCAAUAAAAUAAAAGUAAUGAU